AUGAAAGACGAGGCCAAAGAGCGAAACGUAACUCUGGCUCCAGUUCUUCCAGCGGCUCCAGUUCCUCCUCUGCCUCAAGCCGCUCCAGGUCUUCCAGCUCCCGAUCCUCCAGCUCCUCAGGGUCACCCAACCUCAUUCGCCGCCACAACAACAACCACCAAUGCUCACAGUCCAAAUCCAAGGAGAGGCGUAGGAGGAGCCCCAGCCCCUGACCCACCAAGGUGUACCUGGGCCGACCUCACCAGAAACGUAAUCAAGGGACACAUCCAGGAGAUCUGCGGCACAUAUGGUCAGAUUGAUGGACAGGAGAUCAUAGCCCCCGCCCCCCUCACAGGAUGCCUCCACAAUGUGGCGACGCACCCCAUCGCGCAAAAGAAGAAUGAAUGGCAGUUGACCAUGUAUCCCCUCAAGUGUGAAGAUAAAGACCAUUUGUCAUUCCCCUGGCAAAUAAGUCUCCUGACCUUUUGUUUACAUCCCCCUCUGUGCCUCAAUGUCUCAGUCACCACGGAGACGCUCUCUGGUUCACCGCAGAACUCGCUUGCGCUCCCCCGGUUGCAGACGCCACAGCUCACGCGCCAGCUCGAACUCCUCCAGGUAGAGCUGCCUGGAACCCCUGACCUCACAGCUCCCCUCCUCCCUCAUUUUUCAUUUCAUCACUGGAAAAGUUUGUAUCUAAAGUUCUACCCAGCUUCCUAUCAGUGUGUCCUUCCCUCUAAUGAUCACUGACCUCACAGGAAAAAAAAAUGACUUGAGACAGCCUUUCUCUCACCAUAGUAUACUUUUAUUGGUCUGUAAGCAUAAUAAUAGUUGCUAGGAUACAUCUGAGGCAAGCUAGCACUGUCAAGAGGAGUGAAAUGACCCCGACCCUCCUCUCAAGCCAUUGUGAUUUAUCCUAAAGAGCUAAAUGGUGGUUGACAGAAUUAAAAAUUUUGUGGAACUUUUUUAGUUUUGUACAUUGAGUGUUUUUUGUUUUCAUAUGCAACUAUUAAAACUGUUUUUAGUUUGAGGCCAGCUUGACAUGUGCGGCCUGAUUUUUAUUUGUCUUGACAAUAAAACGAAUGAAUCUCGGAAACAA